CUGGUAAACAGCUAUUAACUCCACAACACUAAAUGACGGCCACAUCGGCAACCAUUAGCAGGGCCUCCUAUAGAGUCUCCCUAAAUCCUGUUUAUCCUUUGGCUGACCAGCCUGUUAGUCAUGACCUAUAAAUGCUGCAGCAAAACACCUGCAACAUUACAUAACAGACAACCAGAGCGGUUGUACAAGUGGACUGAUUCAGCCGUUUACAAAUACUUCACGGUUGUGGAAUCUAAAUCUGUGAUUGGGUUCAGUCGGGUUAUAACUUUUAGAAUAAAGGCUGAUCAUUUCACAAAAAAAUACAAUGCACCAUUAGCUUUGUUUUCCGCCUUCAGAGGAAAAGUGACAUGGUGUUUUCUAACCUUCAAACGAUCAUUAUGGUCUUUGUAAUGUGGCAAUUACCGUGGUGGUCAACAUGUUAAAUCAUUGUGAAUGAAACUAGCUUGUUGUGCCUUUUCGUACAAGAUCCAACAUGUUCGAAAAUCACACAUCAUGUUCAGAUUUACUCCACCAAAUAAUCCCAGAUUCACCUCGAGAAAUCUGCGAACUAAUAGAACAGAAAUUAUGCAACUUGGCGUGUAAGCAUUAAUAUCAGGUUUAAAUUACAAACACGGGUUCAAACAUACAAGCUUGCGAUUUCCAAACAGGUUCCUUUGAAUGGUUCACUUGAAACAAUGAUUGCAAUUUGUUGAUAGUCAGGAUUUAGCUGAAUUUUCAUAGCGGUCACGCAGGUUUUGGUGGUAGGUGGUGGAAUGCGGACAGGCUUGGUGACUACAGAGAUAUUAGAUCUAGGGACUGGAUCCUUGUCACUAGGCUUUUAAGGUGAAGGAAUACAGCCAUUUAUUUCAGGUCAGCACGAUAAAGGAGUUCCCAGUCAAACGGUGAGUUAAACCUUAAAGCGUAACUUUCACUGUGGGAUUCCCAACCUGUGGUGUAAGUCUACCUGCUCAUUACUGACACACUCUCUCUGUCUUACCUGUCCACUAUUCACUCACCCUCCCUCUCCACCUAUUCAUUCUCAGACCUUCACAGCCUCCGCCCCCAUGGCUUGGUUCAUAUAUAAUAAUGUUAGUGAUGCCAAAUUCAGUUCUCCUCAGCGACAUUUUACAGGUGUUGUGUCCAACUGUGACAGGGUGUUAUGACUGAGGAUUACCAGAAGCAUAGGAGUAACAUUUCUAUUGUUUAAGGGUAAGACUGAGACAUUUUCUUUAUUUGUUCUAUUUUCAAACAGUAUAACUGAAUACAAUAAUCAAUUUCCAAGGACUCAAUAAUACCUAUAUGAUAGUACACUAUAUUUCAUUGUGAUAGUUUUUUCAACUCAAUGAUUCUCUCUCUGUGUGUCCUAAACUCAACUUUCCUUUUUUUCCUCCAGUCGGACAUCAGGUGUUAAUGUCUCCGUCUUUUGCGAGAUCUGCUCCGAGCGAGCUCAACCAUUGGUGGAGCCAGCUGAGGUUUCGCCUUCAAAACAAGAAAGGAUGGAACGAGAUGUUAGAUGAGACGUUUAUGCUCCACUCCAAAUACAUAAAUGACAUUCCUCUCUUCUAUGCGGCUAAAAAGAACAGUGUUGGGUGCAUCAGGAAACUGCUGAGUUGUGCAUCCACCAACAUUUUUGAGAGAGGGGCUCUUGGUGAGACAGCACUCCAUGUUGCUGUGAUGAGUGAUAGCCUGGAAGCUGCCGUGGCUCUGAUGGACGGAGCGCCUGAACUCAUCAACGAGCCCAUGACCUCCGAGCUCUUCCAAGGUGUUACUCCUCUCCACAUCGCUGUGGUGAAUCAGAACAUCAAUCUGGUUCAUCAUCUAAUCACUCGUGGGGGUGAUGUGGCCACACCUCGAGUCACCGGUCUGUACUUCAGGAAAAGGAUAGGAGGACUCAUAUACUAUGGUGAGCACAUCCUGUCUUUUGCUGCCUGUGCUGGGAAUGAGGACAUCAUCUCCAUGUUAAUCGAUGCAGGGGCCAGCACCAGGGUCCAGGAUUACCGUGGUAACACAGUGCUUCACAUUUUGGUUCUGCAGCCCAACAAGACAAUUGCGUGCCAGGCCAUUGAACUGAUAAUGGCACGCGAUGCAGAGCUGGACCAGUUACUGCCCCUUGACAUGGUGCCCAACUACCGAGGCCUUACACCUUUUAAACUGGCUGCUCGAGAGGGAAACACUGUGGCUUUUCAGCACCUGGUUAAUAAAAGACGUGUAGUCCAGUGGAGUCUAGGACCUCUGACCUCUAACCUGUAUGACCUGUCGGAGAUCGAUUCAUGGGCCGACAACAUGUCAGUGCUGGAGCUCAUCGUGGGCAGCCACCAGAGAGAGGGCAGAAGGAUACUGGAGCUGACCCCUGUGAGGCAGCUGGUUAGUCUGAAGUGGAACCUGUAUGGAAAACAUUACUUCAGGCUGCUGCUGUUACUGUAUCUCCUGUACAUCGGGACCUUCACACUGUGUUGUGCAUACCGCCCUCUAAAGGACGCUCCGGAGAACUACUCAAAUUCAGAGAUGGACAAAACCAUCCGGGUCCAGAAAACACUCCAGGAGAGUUAUGUGACGCAUGAGGACAACGUGCGGCUGGCGGGCGAGAUAAUCAGCCUCCUGGGAGCUUUUGUCAUCCUGGUGCUGGAGAUCCCUGAUAUACUGAGAGUGGGGGCAAAGCGCUAUUUUGGCCAGACAGCACUGGGAGGCCCCUUCCAUGUUAUCCUUAUCAGCUACGCGUGCCUGGUGGUACUGCUGUGUGUGUUCAGAGCCUGCGAGGUGCAGGGAGAGGACGUGGUGAUGUCAGUGUGUUUGGUCCUCGGCUGGAGCAACGUCAUGUUCUUCGCCCGAGGUUUUGAAAUGCUCGGCCCUUAUGUCAUCAUGAUACAGAAGAUUAUAUUUGGAGACCUGACAAAGUUUAUGUGGCUGAGUUUCAUAGUCCUCAUUGGUUUUUCCAGCUCCCUGUGGAUGGUGUAUAUGACGCAGGAGCCUGACUCCAUCCCUUCAUAUCGCUCCUUCCCCAUCACCCUCUUCUCCCAGUUUGAGCUCAGCGUGGGCCUCAUAGAUCUGCCUGUAGACCACACCAUCACCACCCCCCCGAUCGUCCACGUCCUGCACUGCACCUUCUCUGUCGUCUCCUACAUCCUCCUGCUAAAUCUGCUGAUAGCCAUGAUGAGUGACACACACUGGAGGGUGGCCCAGGAGAGAGACGAGCUCUGGAGGACUCAGGUGGUUGCCACGACUCUGAUGCUGGAGAGGAAGCUGCCCCGCUGCCUUUGGCCUCGGCUCGGAGUAUGUGGGCUCAACUACGGACUGAGGGAGUGCUGGUAUCUCAGGGUUGAGGACAGAAAUGACCCAAUGUUGCAAAAGAUGCGGCGGUACGUCAAGGCUUUCUCCAGAGAGGAGGAGAAUGAAAAGGAGGGAAUGGAAAAGACGGACACCAUGAAGGGGUCCAUCUCAGGGACCCCUAAACUCAGACCUAAACACAGAGGGGGUCUAAACAACAGGAAGUCUCUGACAGGAUGGCAGAUGAUUCGCCACAGCACUUUGGGUUUGGAGAUGGAGAAUGAGGAUUCGGACGAGGACCAGGACAUUAAAUAUGUUUAGAAAGACAUUCAGCCUGAGCCUGAAGAGCGAUCUCCUGACCUUCAUCUUAAAGUCCUGAACAUACUUGUACAUGUAAAUGUGUCCAUACUUGUACCUGCAGUAUUAUGCUUUAGAAAAGAAUGUGUUAUUUUUGUAGCAAUGUAAAACAUAUGUAGCAGUAAUAUAUGCUUAGCUCAAAUAAAGUGAAACAUAGACAUUCAACUUAUUAUGUAGUUGCUUUUUAUAUAACAAUAAAACCUUGUUGAAAGAAACUGGCCACAGUCAUUUGAAGAAAAAGAACAGCAGAUCAUUCAAUUAUACAGUAAGACAACACAAUGCUACACACAAAUAUAAUAUAUAAUAGACUGACUAUAUCUCUUUUCAAGCGUUAAAUAUUGAACUAUAAUAU